AUAUCCCGGUCUUUCGUAUAAACAAGUGAUCCAGUACAUACCAAUAAAAAAAAUUGAGCGCAGGAUGAGGGAGAGUUGUUAGUUUAUCGGUUUAUCCUGCUAGAUUGGUCGUAUAGUAGUUGCUCCUCUCACUGGGUGUGGUGGCAGAGAGAACUACGAGGAUACAACUAAGAACUAACACCAACACCAUGUUUGGCUUCACCAACUGAAUCACAGUGUGAAGUUUGAACACGAGUUAUCCACUCCAUUCCUUUACUAAAAAUAAAUGGCUUAUUCAUCACUGUCAUUAUCCAAAACGGCACCGCGUGUUCCCCACCUCACAAACCCUAUCUCCUCCCCCUUCUCCCACUUCCAUUCCCCUUCCUUCUUUCUCUCUUUCCCAUUCUACCCUCGCCUCUCCCCCCUCAGAGCAGCUGCAACUUCCGACGGCGACCACUUCCUCAGGAAGCCCCUCGUUCCCCAACCCAACACCAGCUAUGGUUACGACCACGGCGAUGAUGAUGAUGAAGAAGAGGAGGAGGAGGAGGAUAAAUGCGUUGACUGGGAAGACCAGAUUCUGGAGGACACCGUUCCUUUGGUUGGCUUUGUCAGGAUGCUUCUCCAUUCUGGACAAUAUGAAAGUGGAGAUAGACUGAGUCCAGAGCAUGAGAAAACCAUUCUUGAGAAGCUGCUUCCCUUUCAUCCAGAAUAUGAGAAAAAGAUUGGAGUUGGAGUUGAUUAUAUCACGAUUGGAUAUCAUCCCAAUUUUGAGCGAUCUAGAUGUUUGUUCAUAGCACGGAAAGAUGGAGAGCUGGUUGACUUUUCAUAUUGGAAGUGCAUAAAGGGUUUGAUCAGAAAAAAUUAUCCAUUAUACGCAGACAGUUUCAUUCUCAGACAUUUCAGGAAGCGCAGCAGCCAUCAGUUGCGAAGUUAGCACUGUCUUCUGUUUGUUGUACAAUUUUAUAUCAUAACUUGCUUCCUUGUUCCUCCUGAAGUCCCUAUGGUUUUUCUUGUUCCCUCAUUGCUGGUAGCAUGCCAUUUCAAUGAUCUGCUGGGAAGAAAACAAGUACAGGAAUUCUGGAGUUCAGAAGACCGAUUAGCAUUUAUUAGCUCCACAAGUUAUUCCCAUAAUUUCUGGAACAAUGACACCAUUCUAUUGGUGUCAAUGGUCGUAGUGAUUUACAAACACAAAUGUAUCAUUGUAGAUUAUGUAUAUAGACCUUGCUAAUGCAGAGAGAAGAAUUCAUCUCUGAAAUAUUUUGUUAUUGGCAGUGUUGUAAUUGGUUUCAAACUAGAUCAUGCUUCUUUUAUCUGGCAAACAAGCAGUUCAAAGGGAGGGAGGUAGGUACUAUCUUCGAUUAAAAUCAAACAAUGAAUAAAUUUCGAUGAGUUUUUCUGGGUCUUACAUUAGUACAUUUCACCACGCACACACCUUAGGGGGUUUAUUAUACCUUAAACCAGCUAGAGUUCGAACUCAAACCCCCGGUGUUUGACAUUAAAAAUGUAACAAACUUGUCAUCAAACCUUAACUGCUUAGACAUAGCUUCUUUUUUUGGUUUCUCACUGUUCUCAGACUAACCAUUAAUUUGCUGCCAAUUUGAAUUCUAUUUAAGAAUUUGCUGUUGGUUAAUGGGUUGUUGCAUGCACAAA